AUGCAACAUUUUGAUUCUAACGAUGCUGUAUCUAUAAAAGCCCUUCUAAAUGCAAUUUCAAUGGAACCAAAUUUGACUUUUAUAUAUUCAAAUUAUGGGUUUUUACCAUCAAUUAUAACUAAAUUAGAAUCACAAGGUGUAUCAUUAACUGAUUUAGUAACAACAGUAAUGUUCACAAAAAAUAAAUUGGACGAAGUAGCGGGUGACGUUGGAAUAAAAGUAAAUACAAAAUUUAACCAAGUUUUAGAAAAAAAUUAAGGGUUUGCAAUAAUAUUAAAAGUUUAAAAAAUUUUGAAUGGAGAAAGUUCAUCGAUGGAUGGUUUACCAGAAGACCUAACGGGAAAUGAUUUAACAUUUUAUAAAUAUGCACCAGUAACAUCAACAGACGUCGAAAGUAGUUUUUCUUGGUAUAAAACCAUACUGGCCGACAAUCGGCGAUCAUUCGACGUAGAAAAUAUUUAA